UCAAAAUGGAAGCAGUAGUGUUUGACGGUAAAAGUCUAACUCUUAAGUAUGAGAACAAGUUCCCUAUACCCAAGUUGGUUAACGACACAGAUGUCAUUGUGAAGGUGGCGUACUCGGGAGUCUGUGGUACAGAUCUUCAUAUCAUUCAGGGCGAGUUCCCAGCUUCCAAAGAGCGACCACUUCCACUUGGUCACGAGUUCAGCGGUGAAAUCUACGAGGCAGGCAAGGCAUCCAUCUUCAAGAAAGGACAGAAGGUCGUGGUUGACCCUAACAGGGCUUGUGGUCUCUGUGAGUUCUGUCGGGGCGCUAACUACCAGUACUGUCUGACGGCCGGCAUCAACAGUACUAUUGGAAUAUGGCGGAAUGGAGGCUGGGCGCAGUAUGUGCUCGCACCGCAAGACCAGGUCUUUGCGUUACCUAGUGGCAUCACAUUGGAACAGGCUGGUCUGUGCGAGCCGUACUCGUGCGUGUCCCACGGCUUCGACCGCGCUGCACCUUUGUCUGUUGGACAGAAGAUACUAAUUGUUGGAGCCGGUAUUAUUGGAAAUCUAUGGGUGACAACACUCCACCAUCACGGCCACAGAGACGUCACAGUAUCCGAGAUGAAUAAGUCCAGAUUAGAAAUAGUGAAGAGAUUAGAAACCGGUUACAGACUCGUCACGCCCGAUGUGUUGGCUUCGGAAACGAUACAAUACGAUGUCAUUAUUGAUUGUACUGGCGUGGGUAAAGUGAUGGAGAUCUCCUUCAAUUACCUUACUCCAGGAGGUAAAUAUGUGCUGUUUGGAUGCUGCCCGCCAGCUCACCAGGCUUCAGUGAAUCCGUUCCAGAUAUACAAUAAGGAACUGACUCUGAUCGGUGUAAAGAUUAACCCAUUCAGUUUCCCGAAGGCGAUUGGAUGGCUCAAUGCGAUGGGUGGAAGGUAUCUGGACUACCACAAGCUAGGAGUGAAAACAUACGCUCUGUCUCAAUACCAAAAUGCUUUGGACGAUCUGAAAGUAGGAAAUAUUGCUAAGGCUGUGUUCAAAAUCAAUUAA